GCGGCCGCUGCAGUGCUGCCUGCCUCUGCUUAUCGCUUCCCGUCAGUUGAAGAGCGGGAUCCCGGCCUCCUUCUUCAUCGGGUGUUAAGAGGCUGCCCUCAGCGCGUCAGGGAACUCAGGACAAUGGAGGAGCGGAAAGUGAAGAGGAGGAGUCCUAAGUCUUUUAGUGCCCACCCUACUCAGGUUGUUAAUGCCAAAAAGAACGCCAUUCCAGUCAGUAAAAGCACAGGGUUUUCAAAUCCUGCAGCACAGUCAAUUUCACAGCGACCAAAGUUAAAAAGAGUGACAAAAGAGAAAACCAAACCUCAGGGUGGAGAAGGGAAGGCAACUCAGGCGACUCCGAUCCAACACUCCUUCCUCACUGAUGUCUCCGAUGUGCAGGAGAUGGAGCGAGGGCUCCUCAGUCUUUUGAAUGAUUUUCACUCAGGAAAGCUUCAAGCCUUUGGAAAUGAGUGUUCCAUAGAGCAAAUGGAACACGUUCGGGGGAUGCAGGAAAAGUUAGCCCGCUUGAAUCUGGAGCUCUACGGGGAGUUAGAGGAGCUCCCUGAGGACAAGAGGAAAACAGCCAGCGACUCCAACCUGGACAGGCUACUGUCUGACCUAGAAGAAUUGAACUCUUCUAUACAAAAGCUGCACUUGGCAGACGCACAGGAUGUUCCAAACACAUCGACCAGCUAAGCUCCAGUGCCGUCUCCUUUCCUGGGGUUUGCAACCAAGCUGCUUGCUGUACUUUUCCAGCUGAAUCCAGUAGCAGACCCAUCUUGCACCACAGGUUGACAGUAAUUAAAAUGCCAGUGCAGUGAUCCUUUCCACACCCUGCUUUCAGUAAGUCCGCUUGCUCUCACUCAUGCCCCCGGUACAGGUCCGGUGCAGGUCCAGGCCUUGUGGAAGGCUCUCAGACGCCUUGCAAGUGCCCGCGCUUCCUUCUGUUGCCUUACGGGUUAUACUUGAAAUGCAUUGUGCUCAAAGUGCUCACCGCUGUAGGCUGCGUCUGCCCUGAGUGCCCGCUUGCCCAGUGCCUCAGUAGGUGGC